AGCUGGAAAGUUUAUGUACUUAUCCCACAUAGUACUCAUCUGCUCGUCUGCUUAUAUUCAAACCCUGGGAAUGUGCACUUCCUCAGGGGAGGAAACUGAAUUUCUCUGAUUCCUGCGACACUCGUGGAUACUCCGACUUUGAUCAAUCUUGACGCAUUUGAUUUGCUUGCUUUGUGCGUUCAGAAUUGACUGAGUCAAGCAAUCCAGAUUUGAGGUCAGAUUGACAGGUUGGAGAGGCAACAGCUAUCUGUGAGGGUUCCUGUAUGUCUCUUCCAACCAUUCUGAUCACAGGGUCCGCUAUCGACAGCGUUGCUUUGGCCAGGAAGACCUCAUCUAGCGUACUGAGGGGCGACUUCAGUUACCCGUGCGGUCAGUUUUUGUUCCGAAAUAGAGCUGGCUUCGGCCUUGAUCGCUGCAUCUCUGCGCAUGUGAUAAAUUGUAGUCAAGCUCCUGGUAUCACAAAUAAAGAGAACGAUUGCGUUAGGGCAGCAGCGCAGAAUUCGACACAACCCUCAGAAGGAGGCUUGAACGGCCCAAUGGCAAAAGACAGAAAAGUCCCAGAAGUGAGGCGACGUGAUUGGGAGGAUCCUAUGACAGUGGAGUGGAACAAGCGCAAUGCUCACGUACCUCUGCAUUGUCACACAACCAUCGUAGGUGCUUUGAAAUUCUGGCAGCAGCGCAGCCACACAGACUUCAGAGCUGCGGAGGAGGCUGUUUGGGAGGAGGAGGCCGUGGAAGCAGCUUUGCAAAGCGCUGAUUCAUGGAUUCAAGGAUUGGAGUAUGUGUGCUCAUUGGCGGGGCUUUGGAAAUUUCAUCUCGCAUGUUGCCCUGAAGAAGUUCCAGAGCAGUUUUCUUCUGUAGGGUUUGAUGACAGCAGCUGGGGCUCGCUACCAGUUCCAUCGAACUGGCAGGUGCAUGGUCACGAUCGCCCUAUUUAUACUAAUAUCGUGUACCCUUUUCCCAUAAACCCUCCCUUUGUACCCUCUGAGAAUCCUACUGGCUGCUACCGGACAUCUUUCCGGGUUCCUUCAGAUUGGACUGGCCGGAGAUUGUUUUUGAAUUUUGAAGCUGUUGACUCUGCUUUCUAUGUAUGGGUCAAUGGCGCAAAAAUCGGCUACAGUCAGGACAGCCGACUGCCAUCCGACUGGGACAUUACCGACUGCUGCCACUUUGGUGAGGAGAACGUACUCGCAGUGCAGGUUAUGAGGUGGAGUGACGGGUCGUACUUGGAGGACCAAGACCACUGGUGGCUCUCCGGAAUCCACCGGAAUGUAUUGAUAUACUCAAAGCCGCAGGUUAUGCUAGCAGAUUAUUUCGUAAAAACAGAUGUUGAAAAUGACUUUCUGUCAGCAACUGUCAAGGUCGAGGUUACUGUGGAAGGACCUAGGGAAAUGAUAGCAAAUAGCAAGUUAUGCCAUUAUACCACCGAGGCUGUUCUUUUCGAAGAAUUUGAUUUUCAAGGGGAUUUUAAAAUGCCGUCAGAGGCAGCUCACCUGCAGCCUCAAGGGCUGGAUUCUGCGAUGAUUGGCUGUCAUGCGCACACCAUCCUUACAGCUAAAUUACAAGGCCCAAAGCUCUGGUCUGCUGAGCAUCCAAACCUCUACACACUUGUUGUACUGCUUAAGGAUCCAUCUGGUGCAGUCAUAGACUGUGAAGCGUGUAGAGUGGGUGUUCGAAAAAUUUCUACACGGCCCAAGGAGCUGCUUGUCAAUGGAGAGCCAGUGGUUAUCCGUGGUGUCAAUCGCCAUGAGCACCAUCCUCGUCUUGGGAAAACAAACAUUGAAGCGUGUAUGAUUAAGGAUAUCACGUUAAUGAAGCAGCACAAUAUAAAUGCAGUGCGAAACAGCCAUUAUCCCAUGCACUCUCGCUGGUACGAGUUGUGUGAUCUCUUCGGGCUUUAUAUGGUAGACGAAGCCAAUUUGGAAACCCAUGGGUUUGAUCCUGAGCCUUGGGCGUGGCCGGAGCGCCAACUGACCUUUGAUCCCAAAUGGGCAAAUGCAUUUCUUCAGCGGAUGAUCAACAUGGUCGAGCGGGACAAAAACCAUGCCAGUAUCAUAUUCUGGUCUCUUGGCAAUGAAGCUGGGUAUGGACCUAAUCACCAGGCUAUGGCAGGGUGGACAAGAGGCAGGGACUCAACUCGGCUCUUGCAUUAUGAGGGUGGUGGGUCUCGUACAACAUCAACAGACGUGGUCUGCCCUAUGUACACCAGAGUUUGGGAUAUCAUAAAAAUUGCAGAAGACCCCAGUGAAUCACGUCCAGUUAUACUCUGCGAGUAUUCUCAUGCCAUGGGUAACAGCAAUGGAAAUAUUCAGGCUUAUUGGGACGCUAUUGAUGGGAUACACGGUUUACAGGGAGGAUUCAUCUGGGACUGGGCUGAUCAGGGACUUUUAAAAGAAGGAAAAGAUGGAGUGAAGUACUGGGCGUAUGGAGGGGACUUUGGAGACGUUCCACAUGAUUUAAAUUUCUGUCUGAAUGGACUGAUUUGGCCCAACCGUCGUCCCCAUCCUGCUCUCGAAGAAGUUAAACAUGCAUAUCAGCCAAUUGGAAUAUUUUUGAAAGAUGGCACUAUCGAGAUAUGGAACAAACAUUUCUUUACACCUCUUGACUACGUGAAAUUCUCGUGGUCCCUCUCCGCCGAUGGUUCAGUGUUGGAGUCGGGGACCUUGGAUUUGCCUGCAAUUGAGCCAACCAAAAAGCACUACUUAAAGUUGAACUCUGGACCAUGGGCUUCACGGUGGAAAGAAGCAGAAGCCAACGAAAUAUUUCUGGAUAUUACUGCCUACCUUUCUGCGCCUACAAGGUGGGCUGAUGCAGGACAUGUAUUGGCUUCCGAGCAAAUGGAGUUACCAGUUUCCAAGCAUGCACAACGACAGGUUCUUAGCGCGUCGAGUAAGCCAGCUCUGUCAGUAGAGGAAGCAGAAUGGGUGCUUAAGGUAAAACCAGCUGGAGGUGAAGAUUGGGAAAUACAGUUUGAUAAGAAGAAAGGUCUUCUGAGCUCUUGGAAGGUGAACGGCACUUGUGUUCUCUCGAAUGGUCCACUCCCUUGCUUUUGGAGGGCACCAACGGACAAUGAUAAGGGAGGCUCAGUGUUGAGCUAUGUAUCACAAUGGAAGGCUAACGGGCUGGACACGUUGACAUGCACAGGCUGCGAAAGAUUCCGGGUGGAGAAACUCUCUGAUAGUACUCUCCUGCUGAAGGCAGUCAUUUUCAUGGAACCUAAAUCAGAGGAGCCCCCUCCUCCACAAGUUUCUGAGUCUCAAACUGGAGAUGUUGACAAGGACACUGAAAAAUCAAUCAAGGCCCAAUUUGCUGAGAUGAAUGAAGAAAGGGCUCGAAGGGAUAGCUCGCUUGGCUUUAAAAUCAAGGUGCAGUACAUAGUUUUCGGUGAUGGCAACAUAGUCACGAGCUACGAUGUUGAGCCUCCUUCCCGGAUUCCAACCUUGCCAAGGGUUGGAGUCCAAUUCAACAUUGACAAAGAAUGUAGUGAAGUGGAAUGGUAUGGGCGCGGUCCAUUCGAGUGCUACCCCGAUAGAAAAUCAGCAGCACGAGUUGGCACUUACAGCAAAGAGGUGAAGGAUCUCCACGUUCCGUAUAUUGUGCCGGGUGAGAAUGGAGGGCGUGCUGAUGUUCGCUGGGUGGCCUUCACGAGCAAGACGAAAGGUGUUGGGCUUCUUGCAAUCAGCGGUGAAGACAGUCCACCAAUGCAGAUGAGUGCUAGCUUCUACACAAGCCAAGAGCUUGACCGAGCUACACAUGAGGAGGAGCUCCAACAAGGGGAUAAAAUUGAGGUUCAUCUGGAUCACAAGCACAUGGGCAUCGGCGGUGACGACAGCUGGACACCAUGUGUGCACCCCCAGUACCUUUUGCCUCCAGAAUUAUACCAUUUCUCUAUCCGUUUCUGCCCUCUCAUAGGUCCAACUUCUCCACUCGAAAUCUCUAGAAACCAGCUUGAGAAUGUAUCAUAAGUGCAAUUAUAUCGCAGCCCCCACUCCUCGAUAUCUGAUAGAUUGUUGUAAUUCGAAUCUUCCUCAAAGGAGGACUGGGUUCUGUUCGAAGAUUCCGUGGAGGAUUUCAUUAUCAAGCUUGAUUCACGAAGUUAAUGCUAGUUAGUGUCUCAUGCCUUCCUUCUGCCUCUAAUGCUUCUCACAAUCCACUUUUCCAAGCUGCUUAUUUCUACUGCAGUAACCUCUUCGUCCAUAAUAUGCACUGAGUUCUUACUGAACAGACCUCGACGUCACCGUUCCAUUUCAGUCACACCACCUUUUUGGAGCUUCACAAGGUGUACAUUCUUUCAGUAAUAGUGAAAAUUUCGAGAUGUUGAUGAA